UACCUACCUCUACCUAGCAGCAGCAUUGGCCCAGAAAACCCUUGAUCCCAAGAGUAUAAAAAUCUCGGUAUCCUUCAUCUUUUCCACAUUUCGUCAUGGCUUUCUCCUUGUUCCUAGCUGCCGGUGCUCUCGCCGCCCUAACCCUGUACUAUGUCAUCCAGUGGCUUAUAGUAUGUCGACGUCGACAUCUCAUGAAGAAGCAGCAUGGCUGUCUCCCUGCCAAGAAGCUAGCCCAGAAGGAUCCUUUCCUAGGGACCGACAUAGUCAUGCAAAACCUGACAGCGGCCAAGAAUUAUGGAUUCCUCGAUCUCCUCAGGACUCGUCAUGCCAACAAUGGCCUCACUUUCACCACCAACACCUACUUCCGGACCACCAUCAACACUUGCGAUCCGACAUUGAUCCAAAACGUGCUGUCGUUCCAAUUCCAGGACUUCGGCAUGGGACCUCUGAGACGGAAGAGCGCCUCUCCACUGCUAGGCCAAGGCAUCUUCACCACAGAUGACGAAAUCUGGUCACACCAACGUGCUCUCAUCCGGCCGAGCUUCGUACGGGCCCAGGUCACGGAAUUCUCCAUCUUCGGCCACCACGUGGACCAGCUGAUUUCUCUGAUCGCCCGCCGGAACUACAAGGUCGACCUGCAGCAGCUCUUCUUUCGAAUGGUCCUGGACUCGAACAGCGAGUACAUGUUUGGAGAGUCGGUUGGCCUGAUGUCGGAGAACGCGUCGGAGGCGGCGCACACCUUCCACCACGCUUUGGACUACGCCCAGCAGGGCACCAUCCUGCGGCUGCGCCUGGGAAACCUCAUGUUCACCCACCGGGACAAGAAGUUCCGCGAGUCCUGCGACACCGUGCACGCCUACGCUGACAAGUUCGUCGCCCAAGCGCUCGAGUACCGACGCAGCCAGGAUGCGCUGCCGGAUGAGAAGAAGGAGCGAGAGGAGGGAGGCGGGCGCCAGAAAUACGUCUUCUUGAACGAGCUCGCCAAGGAUACCAGUAAUCCGAUCCUCCUCCGCGACCAGAUCGUCAACAUGCUCUUGGCCGCGCGCGACACUACCGCCGGGUUACUCGCUUUCGUGUUCUUCAUGUUGGCGCGAAGGCCCGACGUGUGGGAUAAGCUUCGCGCCGAUGUCCUGGAACACUACUGCGAGCCGCUGACGUACGAAGCGCUUAUGGACAUGAAGUAUCUCCGGUUUGUCGUAAACGAGACCCUCCGUCUCUUCCCCCCCAUCGCGACGAACAGUCGCAUGGCCAACAAAGACACCGUUCUCCCCGUCGGCGGCGGUCCCGACGGCAAGUCGCCUCUCUUCGUCGCCAAGCACCACGUCGUGACCUACAGCACCUUCGUGAUGCACCGGCGCGCCGAGUUCUUCGGCGACGACGUCGAGGAGUUCCGCCCCGAGCGCUGGGAGAACCUGCGUCCCGGCUGGGAGUUCCUGCCCUUCAACGGCGGGCCGAGGAUCUGUCCCGGCCAGAAGUUCGCGCUCACCGAGUCCUCGUACACGAUCGCGCGGUUGCUCCAUGCGUUCUCUGGGAUAGAGAACCUCGACCCGAGCGACUGGAGGGAGCAGUUGACGUUGUCGCUGACGCUGAAUAAUGGCGUGCAAUGUCGCUUGGUUCCAGCGGCGUAGCCCUUCCUUUUUAUUUUAUUUUUUCUCUUUUGUAGUAACUCUUUCUUUUCUUUUGCUGCCCAUACCUUUUGAGAUAUCCCAUGUCGAGGUCCUUUUUUUUUUCUUUUUUUCAUUU